CUGCCUUCAUCGGUUCCCUGUUCCUCUGGGUACAGCCAGUGCAGCAGGAUGCCGGAGCCUUCCCGCUCCACUCCAGCCCCCAAAAAGGGCUCCAAGAAGGCCAUCACCAAGGCGCAGAAGAAAGACGGCAAGAAACGCAAACGGGGCCGCAAGGAGAGCUACUCCAUCUACGUCUACAAGGUGCUGAAGCAGGUGCACCCGGACACGGGCAUCUCGUCCAAGGCCAUGGGCAUCAUGAACUCGUUCGUCAACGACAUCUUCGAGCGCAUCGCCAGCGAGGCCUCCCGCCUGGCGCACUACAACAAGCGCUCGACCAUCACGUCCCGCGAGGUGCAGACGGCCGUGCGCCUGCUGCUGCCCGGCGAGCUGGCCAAGCACGCCGUGUCCGAGGGCACCAAGGCCGUCACCAAGUACACCAGCUCCAAGUGAGGCGCGGCGCGGGCGCCCCCAACCCAAAGGCUCUUUUCAGAGCCACCUUCCGAGCUCAAAAAAGGAGCGUGAUCGCUGGUGUGUUUGAUAGCUGUCACUCACUCUGUGUGCCCUGGGAUGGGGGAGGGGGGGACGUACCGGACGUGGAGACUGAUAAAGACAUCCCUUGUUUAUAACGAUACGUUAAUAAACUGGUCUGGUUCGGUUUUGGCCGCAGAGAA